UAUUUAUUUCCACCCACCCUUAAUUAACUCUCCAUACACAACCCCCUCUUUCUCUCUGAAACUCUCUGCUUUAGUUUUGGAAAAACAAAAUGGGAGUUCUUGAUUCUCUUUCAGAUUACCUCUCUGACUUAUUUACCGACGCCAGAAAAAGGAGGAAGCGCAAGCCAAUGCAGACGGUUGAUAUCAAAGUGAAAAUGGACUGUGAUGGCUGUGAAAGGAGAGUUAAGAAUUCUGUUUCCAACAUGAAAGGUGUGAAGUCGGUGGAGGUAAACAGAAAGCAAAGCCGGGUAACAGUAAGUGGAUACGUUGAGCCAAACAAGGUCUUAAAGAAAGUGAGAAGCACAGGAAAAAGAGCUGAGUUUUGGCCAUAUGUACCCUACAACUUGGUGGCAUAUCCUUACGUUGCUCAAGCCUACGACAAGAAGGCACCUUCUGGCUAUGUUAAGAAUGUGGUUCAAGCCAUUCCUAGCCCCAACGCAGCAGACGAGAAAUUCAUAACCAUGUUUAGCGACGAAAACCCAAAUGCAUGUUCCAUUAUGUAGGAGUUAAUUUAAUGAAUUUCUGAGCUGAAAAUGGAAAAUCACAUAGAUGCAGAUUAGGGUCAGUUGAGGUAUUUAGAAAAAUUUGGUUUUUGAGUUAAUUAGAGGAGUUUUGGUUUUGUAUGUUUAAUUACCUUUUGGCUUUUGUUUUAGUUAAUGAAAUGAAACUUGUUGACAUAAAGGUGGUAUUAGCCG